UUCUUUCAGCUGCUGUAUCUUUGUUUCGGACUAAGAAAAAAAAAAUGCUUCGAUUGAAAGAGACUAAGCUAGGAGAAAGGGCAUAGGAGACAUCUGAGCGUUUGAUGGGCGACGACAGGUCACCCCGGGUGAUGGCGAACAGGGAGAGAGAUCGUGAACUGCUGAUUCCUGUUGGCGGAGUCCCCGCCGACGAUUCCGAUUCUAAGGCGUCGGCGUCUGGUUCCGGCGGUGGCCACCACCACUCCGGCCGAGAGGCAUUUUAUAAAGUGUUCCGUAGCUGGGCUUCAAAAAAGUUCAUGACAGGAUGCGUGAUCUUAUUUCCAAUAGCUGUCACUUUCUUUAUCACCUGGUGGUUUAUUCAUUUUGUGGAUGGAUUCUUCUCGCCUAUAUAUGCUCAACUUGGGAUCAACAUUUUCGGACUUGGUUUCGUAACUUCCAUAGCAUUCAUUUUCUUGGUUGGAGUAUUCAUGUCGUCAUGGUUGGGAACUUCUGUACUUGGUCUUGGGGAGUGGUUUAUCAAGAGGAUGCCGUUUGUCCGUCAUAUCUACAAUGCAUCCAAGCAAAUUAGUGCUGCAAUAUCUCCUGAUCAGAACACACAAGCCUUUAAGGAAGUGGUCAUAUUGAGACACCCAAGAAUUGGUGAAUAUGCUUUUGGUUUCAUAACUUCGACGGUUACUCUUCAGCAGAGUGGUUCUGGUGAAGAGGAACUUUUCUGCGUUUAUGUUCCCACGAAUCAUCUCUAUAUUGGCGACAUAUUUAUGGUAAACUCACGUGAUGUCAUUAGACCCAAUCUAUCUGUCCGUGAAGGAAUUGAAAUUGUUGUCUCUGGUGGCAUGUCGAUGCCCCAAAUCCUCUCAACUCUGGAACCGCAGACGAGCCUUCGUGGAUAGAAACUGAUCAUUUCGAAGCUAAGUCAUUUAAUUAGUACUCGAUUUUCCAUGAAUUUAGCUCUGUUGGAUUGUUGGAGCUGCCGUAGCUCUUUGUAUAGGCCUUGCAUUUGACUGUUGAACUUGUAUAAUUUUUCCUCUUAGGUCUGUAAAAUAUAGUAGAUGACGGCGUUGAUGGCUAAUAUUAUUUUGAAUCUUUUGAUGCCUUAUUUUC